UCUUCCCCACUCCCUCUGAGGGCCAGCAGGGGUUAAAUCUCAGGCUCCGGCUCCGUGGGAGAAGGUGAGGCCGGGAGGUCUGAGGCGAGGGCGUGCCAUCUGGGUGCCGGAGAGGUGUGGAUGGAGGGGAUCGUUUCCUUCCUGCUGGAGCCGCUUGGUUAGCGAGGAGGGUUCUAGAUAUUCAGUAUGUUUCCGCUGACUGAGGAAAACAAGCAUGUGGCCCAGUUGUUGUUCAAUACUGGUACAUGUCCAAGAUGUAUCUUCAGGUUCUGUGGUGUGGAUUUUCAUGCACCUUACAAACUUUCCUACGAGGAGUUGCUCAAUGAACUACAGAAAUUUCUGAAAACUGAAAAAGGUGAAUUAAUUUUGGAAGUUCCAAACCCACCUCCCAAGAAAAUUCGACUCCAUGAACUGGAAGAUGGGAUUGAUGGGACUGAUAAUCGGAGUCAAAAUGGAGAGGGAAGGGUGUCCGUUAUUGAAGACGGAAGCAUUGCUUCUAAGAACUCCAAUCCAAAUGUAUGCAAUGUAUGCCUAGGAAUUCUUCAAGAAUUCUGUGAAAAAGAGUUCAUUAAAAAGGUGUGUCAAAAGGUAGAGGCCUCUGGAUUUGAAUUCACUAACUUAGUGUUUUCAGUCUCCUUCCCACCACAGCUAUCUGUAAGAGAGCAUGCUGCAUGGUUGCUGGUAAAACAGGAAAUGGGAAAGCAGAGUCUGUCCCUGGGAAGAAAUGACAUAGUUCAGCUAAAAGAAGCCUACAAGUGGAUAACUCACCCCCUGCUUUCAGAGGAACUGGGUGUUCCCACUGAUGGAAAGAGCUUGUUUGAAGUGAGCGUGGUCUUUGCUCACCCAGAAACGGUGGAGGAUUGCCACUUCCUACGUGCAAUAUGCCCGGAUUGCUUCAAGCCAGCCAAAAACAAACAGUCAGUAUUCACUAGAAUGGCAGUUAUGAAAGCUUUGAAUAAGAUAAAAGAAGAGGAUUUCCGCAGGCAGUUUCCUUGUCCUCCAAACUCACCAAAGGCUGUAUGCACUGUUCUUGAAAUGGAAUGUGCUCAUGGUGCUGUCUUUGUGGCUGGGAGAUAUAAUAAAUACUCCAGGAAUCUGCCACAAACUCCUUGGAUAAUUGAUGGAGAAAGGAAGCUGGAAUCUUCAGUGGAAGAAUUAAUUUCAGAUCAUCUUUUGACAGUAUUCAAAGCAGAGAGUUUUAAUUUUUCAUCCUCUGGAAGAGAAGAUGUAGAUGUGAGGACACUAGGAAAUGGAAGGCCCUUUGCAAUUGAGCUGGUGAAUCCUCGUAGAGUGCGUUUCACUGCACAGGAAAUUAAGGAACUUCAGCAGAAAAUUAAUAGCUCGUCCAACAAAAUCCAAGUCCGUGACUUGCAGCUUGUCACAAGAGAGGCACUAGGACAUAUGAAAGAAGGUGAAGAAGAAAAGACCAAGACCUAUAGUGCCUUAAUAUGGACAAAUAAAGCCAUACGGAAGGAAGACAUUGAAUUUCUGAAUGACAUGAAGGACUUAAAGAUCGACCAGAAGACACCUCUGCGGGUCCUGCACCGGAGGCCCCUGGCUGUAAGAAGUCGCAUCAUUCACUCCAUGGAGACGUGCUAUGUGGAUGAGCAUCAUUUCCGCCUCCAGCUGAAGACUCAGGCUGGGACCUACAUUAAAGAGUUUGUACAUGGAGACUUUGGGAGAACCAAGCCGAACCUUGGCUCUCUGAUGAAUGUGACUGCAGACAUUCUUGAGCUGGACGUUGAGUCGGUAGAUGUUGACUGGCCCCCUGCUCUGGACGACUAGCUUUCAAGUUUGGAAACGGAGUAGGGUUUUCGUGGCCCAACAUGGACGUCCAUUCAGCAUACAUUGUAAAACGGCUGUUUACCCACCAUAAGGGUGUCUUGGCAACUGUUUGGAUCAUGUUGAUCUAUUUAUUUUUAAACUUUUAACAUCUCA